AUGGUACUAGAGCUGCUCUCGAACAAACAACUGCUGAAGAGUGAUUUUCUUCAAUCGGCCCGCAAGCUGGUGCGCAUUUGUCAGCUUUUUGGAACGGUGCCAUGGUAUCUGGAUCUGUUCGAAGCCGGUUUCGUCCUCCGAGAGCAACAGCAUGGCGGGUUGCGAGGCUGGAGACGAUGGUGCAUGCAAGGGUUGAAUAUGCUCUACUCGAUCGGGAUCGCCACGGUCGUCAUUAUCGCCACCAUUCUACAGUCCUCCGAGGAUGACUGGAAGAUGCCGUUCUUGACGCAAAUUCUGUUCAUCAACGAGUAUAUCUUGGCGAACAUCGUGGUGCUGAUGGUGUUGAUCGGGUGUCACUAUCAGUGUUGCUACUAUCAACAGUUUACAGAUAAACUGAUGGCAAUCACAACCACCAUCGCAUCCUGCGGUGCUGUGGUCGAUUUCCAGCGCAUUGAGACCAUCUUCAACCGACUGCUGCUCGGGGUGGCACUAUUCUUCGGCACCGUGCUUACGGUGGACUUCCUGUACAACGAUCGAUUAUUUUGGAAUUUCGUGAGGAGCUCGUCUGUGUACACGUUGUCGAGCAUAAUCAACGUGCUAGGGCUGAUCCAGUACACCUACCUGCUGUACUUCAUCUUUCUCUUCUACAGCGACGUGAACCGGUUACUAAUGUCCUACGAGGAUCACGCAUCCCGGGACAAACAGUGUCGCACACACCGUCGCCUAUUUUACGAGACGACGGUCGUCACGCCGUCUAGUGGUGGCGCUUCCUUGCUGUACGACUACGCACGCCUCAUCGAUCUGCUCCGCUCGAUCCACCUCGAACUGAACGAGCUGCUCGAACAGGUGAAUGACUGCUUUGGGGUGCUGAUCGUAACCACCACGAUCGCCUCCUUCGUCGUGCUUAGUCUGCAGCUAUUUUGCAUCUACCUAGCAACAACGGUGCGGUCAUGGAAAGUGACUGACACGAUAUUCCUGGUGUACAAUGUCUUGUGGAUAAUGCUUCACGCUAUCAAAGUCCUGAUGGUCCUGUACCCUAGCCAUCUUGUGCAAAAGGAGCGCGAGCGUACGGGGCCCAUUUUGUACCAUUUCAAUCCGCACGAGAAGGAUUCGGCACUCAACAAUGCGCUUAUGAAGUUUUCGAGCCAGCUUUUGCAUGAAACGAGACAUCCAACUGCUUGCGGUCUUAUCCAUCUGGAAAUGACGCUCAUAAGUACGAUGGUUGGUGCACUCACGACUUAUCUGGUCAUUUUGAUUCAGUUCGAAACGGCCAUAUCCCAAGGCCAAUCGGCUGCCAACGCGUCCCAGAAGGAUGGUUCCAGUACUUACGGUUGA